AUGUCUAGCCCAUCCAUAUCAGUGUCGCCACAUUCUCAACCGGGCCCUUCCGCGAAGAAAAGAGCAAGCAAGGCUUGUACGAGAUGUCGACGGUAUAGAACCAAAUGCGUUCCGCUUAGGCCGAACACGGUCGGUGAGCCUCCUUGUGUAUCGUGUCAAGCAUCGGGUAUAGAGCACGAGUGCGCGUUCCUCCCACGUGGACAGUCCGCUUUGGAUAGAUCCCAUCGGAGACGUGUUCUCCGUGAGGAAGCAGUAGAAAGAACUCAGCGACAUCCCUCUCGAUCUCGUUCGCCACGUCGUCACCAUCUUCCCAUCAGUCCCAUCACUUCCCCUUCUCCUGCUUCGCGCCGCAAUGUGGAACCCUCAUUUACUCAUGACCUCCCACCCUCUUCGGAAGUCGUCGAGGCUAUCCGAAACUAUGUAUCCUCAUACUUCCAGCUUGGUUUUCUUCAUAAGGCUUUAUUUGUCGAACGAUACACUUCACACCCUAACUCGAUAUCUGAUUUCCUCCUGUUAGCUAUUUGCUCGAUCGCUGCACCAUUUACCCCAACGUUAGUAGCUAGGUAUGGAGGUAAGAAAACAGCGACCGACUUCUUUUUAGCGCGAGCCGAUGAGAUUCUCGGACGAGAAAUGAUACAACCAAGUCUAGAGAGGGCGCAAGCUUUCCUGCUGCUGGGAGUUGCGGAAUGGGGACAAGGAAACGGUCCGAAAGCCUGGAUGCUGAUCGGCACUGCUGUCCGUAUGGCGGGUUUUCUCGGAUUACAUCGUGAAAUCACCUACCAGCUCCCGGUCAAUCCAUCGGCAGAGGCUGUUAUCGAGUCAGAAGUUGCUCGUCGAACAUUCUGGGCGAUAACAUGUCAUGAGAAUCUGCUUGCCGGUCAAUCAAGACCAAUGCAAAUUUCUCUAGCAGAGGUCGAUGUGUUACUUCCUUGCGAAGAAUCCGAAUUCAACUUUGGUAUCCAGCCGAAGACUAGGGCGUCCAUAGCUGGUACAUUGAGCACUUCUUCGGACCCAUUUGAUCCUCCUUUGCAUAGCGAUAAAUCCCUUUUCGCUUCAUUAGGUUCUGGAAGAUUCGAAAAUGUCCCGUGGAGUUCCGCAAGUCAAUCCCUUCUUACUGCUCUUCAAGAUUUCGAAUCCAGUUUGCCAUUGAGACAUCGCUUCAGUGUCACCAAUCUUAGGGGCAUGAUGGUAGAGGGUCUGGACUUGGCAUUCUUGUCUAUCACCUUAAUCACCAGGCUAUCCAAUAUCGUUAUUAGGCGUCUUUAUCUUCCAUCGAUGGCCGCAGCCAUUGAUCCAGAAGGGACGGGCGAAUCCGCUUUUGAAUCUCGUCAUUUCUGGCAACAAAUGGCAGACGACAUGAUUAGCAAUUCAGAACAGCUUCUUAGCCAGGUCGAGACAUUUUUCAGUAUGCGAUCUGUCCAUCUCGGGUUCCCUCCCAUCAUGGUGUUUGGAGUAUACAUGUGCGGCAACGUGUUUUCAUAUCUACGCAAAUGGCCGGAACGUAAACGAUGUGUCGAUAUUCUUGCUCAAUUGGCCGAUUCUUGGCCACUCGCGUCUCGAUGGCAUACCGCCUUGGAAUCGGCUGCGUCACGUCCUGUGCGACAAACAGGCUACACUCGUAUACGCACUGCGGUCCGAGACGAACGUACACUGGAUGAUGAAUUGGCAGAUAUAUAUGGUCACACUGCGCCCUCCAUCGUAGGAAGCUCUCCUGGUGACCCGCAUCGUUUGACAAGUAUCACUGUACCACUUGGACCCGGCUCAAAUACCUCAACCUCCGGGAUACAGUCUAGCCAAGGUUUCGGCUCAAAUCCAAACCUUCUCGGUCAAGUGGACUUCCUCAAUUUUCACGGGAAUAUAUCAGCAAACUCUUCCCAAAUGCCUCCCAUAGAUGCAUCCGCGAAUUUCUUCAUGGACACGUUUGGAGACGAUCUUUCAGCAUUUUUACAAAGUGCUGUCCCUGUUGGCGAUGGCAACGAUUUUGACGGACUAGGCCAAAUGCUGUUCGGCGAGAGCAAUAUCUCAUGA